AUGUCGCUCCCCAAUCUCGCCAUUCCUCCUUCCACUCCCUCCCACGCCUCUCCUCCUCCCAAACCGACCCAGAUAAAGUUCUAUCGUCCUGCGCAAAUGGCCCUUUUCGCCAAAUUGGCAACAUAUCCUCCACUGGCCCAGGUCACGGUCGUUUCUCCGACAAGAGACAAAUUCAACUUCACAGUCGUCCUCGAGUCCUCGAAAUCGUUACCGGAACGACCGUGGGAGGUUUCGAUUUGGUACGAUCAUGCGAGCUACUCCGGGACCAAGGCUCCCUGGCAUGCCCUCGAUCUGACAUUAGUCGACACCCCUCCAGCGGUUCUUUAUGACGAUACUCAAACGGAUAAUUACCGCUACACUUUUUCUGGAGACCUUGACAGCCCAUUCAGCUCGGCCGACAAAACUUACAAGGGUCGAAGAGUUCCCUUUACUGUCCGCUAUCGAGUGGAUCCCAAUUCGGAAUGGUCUUGGGUCUAUCACAAUUUUGGUAUCCGCGAUGGCGAACUCAUUCUACAGCCUCCCGUCGACCCCAACUUCCUCGGCGCAUCACCAGUCGAAGUGGGUGAAGGUUGGACUCUUCGGAAGACUCCCAGCGAUGCUCCUGAAGCACGCCUCUACACUAUCGAAUCAGCUCACCCCAUCCCUUCCGAAGGUCAAGGGAAUGCCAAAGCUGAAUCGCUCGUUCUGGGCAGAGUGACUCAACUUUGCCGAUGGUUUGCGCUGGUACGGAUCUGGGAACCAUGGUUUGCCCCUCGGCAUGGUGAGCAUCAGCUGCAUUUGUCGGAGCCAGCGAUAUUACUGUCUUUCCUAAGAUCCGACGGUCUACAUGUCGUGAUCCUGGCCAUCAACGGAGUUGACGACGUCCUUACCCAAUUCAGCUCGACACACGAAGGCGAGAUUGUGGUUCAAGCAAGAAAUGACUCGGGCCGGGAUCGCAAGUUCAAGGUCCUGGCGGCUUCGGCAUGGAAGUUCGAAAUCGCAAAUGCUGCCGUCAUGUACGAGAUGCGAAAGCUGGUCCGACAGUCUGCAGCCUAUCAGCAAAGCCUUGAACGACUAGAGCAGCUGCCGAAGAGCAUCAGAUCGGAGUCCCUUGACUCGGACACGGUUUUAGUCAAUCACGGCACACCCUCGUCCCACCAACCUACGCUCAAUCCACAGUGGUUGGCAGGGUGGUACGACAGCCUGGCGUACUGCACGUGGAAUUCUCUCGGGCAAGAUCUGAAUGCCGAAAAGAUUAUGGCAGGGCUGGAUUCACUCGCACAACACCAGAUUUAUAUCUCAACUUUGAUCAUCGACGACAACUGGCAGUCUCUUGAUGGCACUCAAGGAGCCACGAACCAGUUCCAUCGAGGGUGGAAGGACUUCGAGGCAAACCCUCUGGGUUUCCCCGACGGGCUCAAGUCUUCAAUAGACAAAAUCAAAGAGGCUCACCCUAAGAUACGCGACGUUGCUGUUUGGCACGCCUUGAUGGGCUACUGGGGUGGCAUCUCUCCCGAAGGCAAUAUCGCGAAGAAGUACAAAACGCUCGAGGUCACCUUCCGUGACGGAACUCCCAUGGCUGGACGCAAGCUCACCAUCCACCCGGACGACAUCCAUAGAAUGUACGAUGACUUCUACCGCUUCCUGUCCAAUGCAGGAGUGACUGGUGUCAAGACUGACGUCCAGUUUUCACUUGAUCUUCUGGCGGACACAUCUGAUCGACGAUCAUUUACCAACACCUACCAAUCUGCGUGGACGCAGGCACAUCUACGCCAUCUGUCUGGAAAAGCCAUCUCGUGCAUGUCGAUGAUUCCACAAAUCCUCUUCCACAGCUUCCUUCCUACGACGACACCGAGGAUUCUACUCCGCAACAGUGACGAUUUCUUUCCCGACGUUCCGACCUCCCAUGCCUGGCACGUCUUUGUCAAUGCGCACAACGCUCUGUUUACCCAGCACCUGAAUAUACUUCCUGAUUGGGACAUGUUCCAAUCAAGUCAUCCGUACAGCGGCUUUCACGCAGCUGCACGUUGUGUAUCCGGUGGACCUAUCUAUAUUACAGAUACCCCUGGGGAGCAUGAUGUGGAUUUGAUCCAUCAGAUGACAGCUCUGAAUCCGAGAGGUCAGACAGUCAUCUUGCGUCCGAGUUGCGUUGGCAAGAGCAUGGGCGUCUAUGACAAGUACGAUGAGAAAGGGGUUCUCAAGAUUGGUGUCUACGAUGGGAGGUCAGAUGUUGGUUCGGGAAUGCUGGGUGUGUUCAAUAUCGCUGAGUCGGAGGUCAGCUUCAUCCUGCCAAUCAUAAAAUUUCCUGGCGUGAAUGCACCAGCCUCAACCAACGGCGCGACGCAAGUUUCGAGUAGGAAGUGGAUCGUCCGCUCACAUAUGUCGAAACGUAUCACGUCCCCCAUUCACCCAUCCGACCCGAUCCGAGCAGAUAGCCUGCUUCAAUGCACGCUACCCUCACGAGGCUACGACGUCUGGACGUCCCUUCCUGUGCACACAUUUAAGCUCCCCGUUUCGAAUUUGGAAGUCGACGUCGCCGUGCUGGGUCUGCUGGGUAAAUUCACAGGCGCGUGCGCGAUUGUGGAAUCGAUCUUCAACCAUGCUGAAGUGGACUCUGAAUCUGGUCCUCAUCGACUGAAGAUACAUGUGCAAUUAAAGGCCCUCGGUGUACUCGGCAUUUGGAUUUCAGAUGUCCAGUCUCAACAGCGGAAGGUGGAAGACACGAUGGUCAUCAUCCAAGGAAAGGCCGUGCCACAACACGUUGUUGGAUUUAAAGCAGAACAUGGUCCCAAGGGAAGUGGUGUUCUCGAGAUCGACGUUGCCUCGGCAUGGGAGGAGAUGGAACUGGAGCCUGGAUGGAGCAAUGAGGUCGGUGUCGACGUCUUUCUCCAGUGA